CCUGGCGGCUCAGGCCUGCGGGCUGGGAACGAGCCCGCCCCCCGGUGCGCGCAGGCGCGCCGCUCUCGCUCCCACCGCAGCCUGGCGGGCGCCGGCAGCCAACAGCUGGCCUUGCAGGCCUCUCGGGAUGGAGGGGCACACUGAAAUGGACAUGCUAAGGACACUGAAGGGGACUUCCACUGGGGAGGUCAGCGUGCAUCUGGUGGCCAGAGACAGCCCAGGUUCGGGUCCUCACCUGCCCGCAACUGCCUUUAUCAUUCCCACCAGCGCAGCCACUCUCGGGCUGCCCAGCAGUGUCCUGGAUGUGUCCUUCCCCCAGGAGCCAAUCCAUGUGGGCGCCCUGGGGCGGGUGGCUGGCAGCGAACCAGCCACUGUUCUGCCGCAGCUUACAGCUGGACUGGGGACCAAUAGCACCAACACAGUGCGGCUUCUAGAGUGGACACAGGUGUCAGCAGCGCCACCAUCUGGGAGUGGCCUACGGGUGGGUGAAGAACUGGCACCGAUGUCACAGUCCUCAGGCUUUUCCGCAUCCCAGUUCCGGAUAAGCGAGUAUGCGCCUCUGAACAUGGUGGGAGUCGAGCGACCACCAAGCCCCGAGCGGAGGCAGGAAGGCCUGGUCAGACAUGAAGGUGGUCGGGCCAGAGGCGAUGUGGGCACCCAGCACCCGGAAGACAUCCCCCAGGAACCCCCAGCAGUGCCCUCCCAGGACCGGCCAGGGGACGAUACUGCCUGCCGGUGCCAGGCCUGUGGGCCUCGACAAGGCACUGGUCCAGAUCUUGGUUCCCCGGCUACCCGCUGCCCUCAGCUGUUCCAGGAGCGGUCGGUAAUAGUGGAGAACUCAGGCUGCACCGCGAUCGCCUCUGAUCUGCUCAAACCUAUGAAGAAGAGGAAACAUAGGGAGUACCAGAGCCCAUCGGAGGAGUCUGAGCCUGAAGUCAUGAAGCAAGAAGAAGGAAAAGAUCCCACAGGACAACCUGCCGUUGGCACCCCGGAGAGUGAAGAGUGGAACGGCAGCCUGCCUGUGUCAGGUGAGAAGAAGGAGAGCUGGUCCUGGGAGUCCUACCUGGAGGAGCAGAAAGCCGUCACUGCCCCAGUCAGCCUCUUCCAGGACUCCCAGGCAGUCACCCACAAGAAUGGCUUCAAACUGGGCAUGAAGCUGGAAGGCAUUGACCCUCAACACCCAUCCAUGUACUUCAUCCUCACCGUGGCCGAGGUAUGUGGUUACCGCCUGCGCCUGCAUUUUGAUGGGUACUCUGAGUGCCACGACUUCUGGAUCAAUGCCAAUUCCCCUGACAUUCACCCUGCUGGCUGGUUUGAAAAGACUGGACACAAAUUGCAGCCCCCCAAAGGUUACAAGGAGGAGGAGUUCAGCUGGAGCCAGUACCUGUGCAGCACAAGAGCCCAGGCGGCCCCCAAGAACCUGUUUGUGAGCCAGAGCCACAGUCCCCCACCCCUGGGCUUCCAGGUGGGCAUGAAGCUGGAGGCAGUGGACCGCAUGAACCCAUCCCUUGUCUGCGUGGCCAGUGUGACUGAUGUGGUGGACAGCCGCUUCCUGGUGCACUUUGACAACUGGGAUGAUACUUAUGACUACUGGUGUGAUCCCAGCAGCCCCUACAUCCACCCAGUGGGCUGGUGCCGGAAACAUGGAAAGCCCCUCACCCCCCCACAAGACUACCCAGACCCUGAUAGUUUCUGCUGGGAGAAAUAUCUAGAAGAAACCGGAACCUCAGCUGUGCCUGCUUGGGCCUUCAAAGUGCGGCCCCCUCACAGCUUCCUGGUCAACAUGAAGCUGGAGGCUGUGGACCGCCGGAACCCAGCCCUGAUUCGAGUAGCCAGCGUGGAAGAUGUGGAGGACCAUCGGAUAAAGCUCCACUUUGAUGGCUGGAGUCACAACUAUGACUUCUGGAUUGAUGCUGACCACCCAGACAUCCACCCUGCAGGCUGGUGCUCCAAGACAGGCCAUCCCCUGGAGCCUCCUCUCCGGACCAGAGAGCCCAGUGCUGUCUCCCCAGGGGGCUGCCCCCCUCUCAGCUACAGGAGCCUGCCCCACACAAGGACCUCCAAAUACAGCUUUCACCACCGGAAGUGCCCCACUCCUGGCUGUGACGGCUCUGGUCACGUCACAGGCAAGUUUACAGCACACCAUUGCCUUUCUGGCUGCCCGCUGGCUGAGAGGAACCAGAGCCGGCUGAAAGCAGAGCUGUCUGAUUCAGAAGCUUCAGCCAAGAAGAAGAAUCUGUCAAACUUGUCCCCAAGGAAGAAGCCUCGCCAUCAUGGCCGGAUUGGACGCCCUCCAAAGUAUCGCAAGAUUCCACAGGAAGAUUUCCAAACCCUCCCUCCUGAUGUGGUGCACCAGUCCCUUUUCAUGUCUGCCUUGUCAACCCACCCUGACCGUUCACUCUCUCUGUGCUGGGAACAGCACUGCAAGCUCCUUCCAGGAGUGGCGGGGAUCUCGGCUUCCACAGUCUCCAAGUGGACCAUUGAGGAGGUCUUUGGCUUCGUUCAGACCCUGACAGGCUGCGAGGACCAAGCCCGCCUCUUCAAAGAUGAGAUGAUUGACGGCGAGGCCUUCCUUUUGCUGACACAGGCGGAUAUUGUGAAGAUCAUGAGCGUCAAGCUGGGCCCAGCCUUGAAGAUCUAUAAUGCUAUUCUCAUGUUCAAAAAUUCUGAUGACACCUUGAAGUGACUGGCCCAGGGUGGGACCUCCUCCUGUCCUUCUUGGGCCUCCCUCUUUGGAUGAUGCUCCCUUCCUGACUCCAGUUCCUUACAUCCUAACCUGUAGCCCCCACCCCCCAUCAUCUGACCAGAGCUGGUCCUUCCUUCCCAGAAAGUGUAUGGGAGCCGAAGAGCCUGGGAAACGGGGGUCUUGGCCUCCAGUCCUGGAGUUCAUUUGCCUCUAGGUAUCCCAAUGAGGGUGUGACUGGACUGGGGUCUGAAUGAUAGAGCAGAUUCUUCAGCAAAGGGUCUUUGUCUUAGCAGUGAGGAGGAGCUGGGUAGAGUAGGCCCCCUCUACUCUGAGACUUGAGUCUUUGGUAUCUCUAUAUGCUUUCCCUCUCCUUGGCCCCUCUCUUCGUGUUAAGAAGUGACCAUGACCCUGCCAUACAUAUUAAGCAUAAAGGCACCUCCUCCAUUUCCAUUGCUGGCUGUGCACCCUUGUUCUGCCGCUUUGCUCCUGGGCAGCCCCAGCUGUGGUCCAGCCAGACCCCAUGGUUCUUCUCCCUUAGUGCUUGUGUGAGUCUCAGAAACAUGAGAAUUUCCCAUUGUAGCCUACGGCCGCCUUUCCCUCUUGUGCUGAAGGGUGGAGAUUCAGAGCCAAGGUGCCUUCCUGAACAAGCUCAGUUCAGAGCCCCUCAGCUUUGAAGUGUCUCACACUGGUGCCUAGUUCCAGCAGAAUAAGCAGGUCAUUAGAGUCCAUUUUACAGCUGUCAGAGGCGAAGGCUCCCACACAUCCUUUCUUUGUUGGGUCUAGGGUAGAGGAAGUCUGGCCUGAUAGGUAGCACAGGCUAGGAUGAUAGACACUCUGGGGUCUUUGACCAGAGGGGCAGCUCCAGCAGGCAUGAUGAGAGUGUCCUCUCUGUAGCUGUGGAUGUCAGCCAAAUUACUGCCCCUGAAUGACGAGCCUGCCAGCCUGGCCUCCUGCCAGGGAAGUGUGGCACUGUCUCGCAUGCAGCCCUCAUGACAUCAUAUUCACUCUGUUCCUUAAACGUUUUUCAUCUGCUCAAGUCUCAUGAAGGACCACUUAACAGUAAGGGGUUGGGAAGGCAGGUGCUCCCCUGUCUCUGAACUUUCCAGUCUCUUUUACCUUCUUGCCACCUUCCAUCUGUCUAGUAGUCCCUGCUGGGGCUCUGUGGGGCUCAACCUCCCCUCAGCCACUGCCAAGCCUGCCUCCCAACCUGUUUGAGGAGCACGAGAGCCCAUCAGGAACCACCCAACACAGAGGUGGGAGCCAGUGCCAAGCUCCCAUACUGCCGGUGCUAAAGUGACCCCUGUAGGCUGUGGGACCAGAGUCCUCCCCUGGCUUGUCAGUCAUGUAGUGUGUAUGUAUGUAUGUGUGUGUGUGUGUGUGUGUGUGUGUGUGUGUGUGUGUGUGUGUGUGUGGUGUAGUGGAAGUCAGCAGAGGUGUCUGUCAGGAUAUAGAUGUGAGGUGCAGUGUGGUGAAUGUGUUAAGGGCUAUUGUUAAAAUAUAAAGCUUUGUUUCCUCAGAAGUGGGAUACCCAAAGCUCUGCUGAUUUUUUUGCCACUGUCCUGUAGGGACAUCUCUUCCCUAGGCCAGACAGCUUCUGGGGGACAGCCAUUCAACCACACAUACCCCAGCCUCUGCCAAGCCCAGGACUCUCUUUCCCUUUCUCCCUCAGGGGUAGAGUAUUGAGCACAGCCUUCCAGGAGGGCAUCAGGCCAGGAAGAACACUAGGGAAGGCUGGCCACAGGGAAGGGUUGGGUUGACAGAUGUGAUAGCACUGCCCCUUGGCUGGGAGUAAAGAGGAGCCAGUCUCUGCUCUGCCAUCUUAGCUGUAUGGGUGGCAAUGGGACCCACCAGCUCCUUGUCCUUAGUCUGUCCCUGAUGCUCACUGAUGGGUCUGAGAAGGCAGCAAAUGCUGGCAGCGGGUUCUGUGAGGACCACACAGCUCCCAAGGACGAGGACCUUCAUGGAGCUCUGCUAAUGAUUCUAGCCUGUAGGAAAGGCCAGAUGGACCAAAGGCAUUGGAGAAUGUGGAGGCCUGAGCACUUUUUGCAUUCAUGUCAGACUCUUUAGAAACAAACCAAAUCAUUUAAGAAGUGAAGAAACCUCUUCUGACCAUGCCACCACCCUCUCACCAGGUUGUGUCCCCAGAUGACAUCACUGCACCUUGACUUGGGAGCACAGGACCAGAGGGUGUGGGUGUUUGUUCCUGGCACCCUGUGCCCUGUUCUCUAGCAACAGGCACCACUUAUACUUUGUCCUUGACAGACUUGCCCAGCCUCUGCCCAGCCAUGGCCUAGGACAUGGGUGAUCUUUCUAUAUAAUUUCUGGGGUAGAGAGAAUGUUCCCAGAUUUUGAAAAUGAAGCCUGUUUGCAUUUUCAUUCACAUGCACUGUGAUGGAGAUCCAUUUUUAUAUUGUGUGUGUGUGUAUGUGUGUGUGUUUGUGUGUCUGUGUCUGUAUGUCUGUGUCUGUGUCUGUACAAAUAGACUUGUGUUCUUUAAGAAAACCCUCUGGUUUAAAGUGACUCUUGAGGGAGAAAACAUUAGAAAAAAUACAGUGUGAUUUGUCAGCGUAUUGAAGCAACAUCAAUAAAU